AUGGAUCGCUGUCUCGGUGCUCCACCUGUCACUGGAAACAAGCUGGGUGUCAGAAGUCACGUCACCUGUUUAAUCCCUGGAACUUCCUGCACCUGUAAGACGAACGAGCAGUGUCCCCACACGGCUGCCUCUGCCUCAGAGGAUGCUCUAUCUAUAACCCCGGGGGGCCCUCCGGAGAGCAGAGCCAGCUUGUACUCCACCACCCAGGACACGGACAGGAGACUCCCCGUGGUCACCACCGCCCCGCCUCUCAACAUCCUGAACCACCACCCUCUCUACAGAAAUCCCCCCCAACACCAGGCACCACUCAGCCCCCGUGGUCACUCAAACUACUUUGAAGAGAGCGAAGAAUCCAGCUCACACCCGAGCACUCGUACCUUCCCCACCGUGCCAUCCGGGACUGCAGACUCCACUCCACGUAAUGCUGAUGAUAGGGCUUCAGGUGAGAGCGCCAAGGGCUCCAGCACGCAAACAGGCCUUGUCAUGCAUACAGCAGAAGCCACUUCUCACUCCAACACCCCCAUUACAGCCACCAGAGUGGUUGUAAAGCAUCCAGAACAUGUUCCCACCGUCACCUCUGCCACUGCUACAAAGGAGAACCAUGUAGCGAGGCCAGAUCCGCCUGGACUGAAGCAGAAUGUGAGACAAGGCAGUAACGAAGAGGAGACAACCACCACCACUAUCACCACCACCACCGUAAUCACCACAAUGCAGAGUCCAGUUCCCUGCCAACUGAACCUGACCGGCCCAGAAGGAUACAUAGAGGCUCCGCCACAGUCCAGCUUGGCCUUUCACUCCACCGUGGACUGCAGCUACAUCAUCACUGUCUACAUGGGCUAUGGAGUGGAGGUCCAGGUGAUGAAUGUGAACCUAUCUGAGGGCGACAAGGUGGCGUUUGAAGACGUGGGCUACGGGGAGAACACCAUGCUGGCCAACGAGUCCAUUCUGAUGAGGGGGUUGGUGGUACGGAGCCACAGCAAUCAAAUCUCCAUCCGCUUCCACAGCCAGAGGUCUCAGGCCGGAUCCGUCCUGCUCAGAUACCAAUUCUUCGUGUUGAGCUGUGUCUUCCCCCAGCGGCCUCUUUACGGCGAUGUAUCAGUGAGCAGUCUCCAUUCCGGAGGGGAGGCUUUCUUCUCCUGCCUGACUGGUUACCAGCUGCAGGGCCCCAGUGUGCUGACCUGCCGCAAUGCGAGCACCCCCUACUGGAGUGGCAAGGAACCGCACUGCCUCGCUGCCUGUGGUGGUGUGAUCAGAAACGCCACGGUGGGUCGGAUCAUCUCUCCUGGUUUUCCCAGCAACUACAGCAACAACCUGACGUGCCACUGGCUGCUGGAGGCUCCCGAGGGCCAGAGACUUCACAUUCACUUUGAGAAGGUGGCGCUGGCCGAGGACGAUGAUCGGCUGCUGAUCAAGAACGGUAACAGCAUAGAUGCAGCCGCCCUGUAUGAUUCCUAUGAGGUGGAGUAUCUGCCUAAUGAAGGUUUACUCAGCUCGUCCAGACAUCUAUUCAUUGAGCUGACUACAGAUGCUGCAGGCACAUCCACUGGAAUCGCCAUCCGGUACCAAGCCUUUGCGGCGGGCCACUGCUACGAGCCCUUCGUGAAGUAUGGCAACCUGACCAGCAGUGACAGCACUUGGGCAGUGGGAGCUGUGGUGGAGUUUGCCUGUGACCCUGGCUAUACUCUGGAACAAGGCUCUGUCACCAUUGAAUGCAUGGAUCCCAACAAUCCCCAGUGGAAUGAGACUGAGCCUGCCUGCAGAGGUCUGUAUAUCGGUGCCUUCAGCCAACACCCUGUUUUUGGGACCAUGUCACUCUUCAACAGUUCAACAGCAGGGCGAGGGUUGAACAUCGGGAAGAACGACCUGCUGACCUUUUAUGAUGGAGACGAUCUCACAGCCAAGGUGCUGGGUCAGUAUGGAGGAUCGAAGUCUCAUUUUAAGCUCUACACCUCCACCGCGGACAUCACCAUCCAGUUCCAGUCGGACCCCGCCACAAAUGUCUAUGGCUACGGCAAUGGAUUCGUUGUGCACUUCUUUGAAGUGGCUCGUAAUGACACCUGCCCCGAGCUUCCAGAGAUCUCUAAUGGAUGGAAGAGCACAUCACACCCCGAGCUGGUUCAGGGCACCGUGGUGACCUACCAGUGUUACCCGGGUUUUCAGGUGGUGGGUGCCGAGCUGCUCAUGUGCCAGUGGGACCUCACCUGGAGCGGUGACCUACCAAGCUGUGAAAGAGUGGUGUCUUGUGCUGACCCCGGGAAUGUGGAUCACAGCAGGCGGGUGCUGUCGGGUCCUCAUUUCACCGUGGGUUCAACCAUCCAGUACAUCUGCAGCAAGGGCUUCACUCUGUCUGGAAACAGCCUGCUCACCUGCUUCAAUCGAGGCUCCUCAGGCCCCAAGUGGAACCAGAAGCUGCCCAGAUGCCUGCCUGAGACCUUUGAGCCCUGCGGUCACCCAGGAACCCCCACCUACGGGAUCCCCAGCUCCAACAAGCUCCACUUCAACGCAGGUGACACUCUCCACUACUCCUGCCUGACUGGUCACCAGCUGCUGGGGGAGCCUGUUCUCCACUGCGUCCCAGGACACCCAUCCCAGUGGAGUGGGCUGCCACCUGUCUGCAAAGCCCACCCUGCGGGUUAUGAUGAGCACAGGUUAGAUGUGUCUACGGCAGACGUCAGACUGGAGGGGGCCCAAGUGGCGUUUGCUGUCUUCAUCCCUGUCAUCCUUCUCCUCAUCUUCAUAAUUGGGAUGUACCUCUACUUCUCAAAGGUUCAGAGGAAGUCACUACAGAUCUCCCUCUCCUCCAACUUACCAUAUGAAAACAUCUCUGGAGAACCUGCGAUUGACAGCUCUGUUUACGAGACAACGAACAAUGAGGAAACAAGAGAGUACGAGGUUUCGAUCUGAAGACGCCAGUGUGUGUGUUUCAGUAUGGACAGAUAAGAAGCCCGCUGGCCUUUUCAAUGUCCGUCAGACUCGCACCUUUGGUGACUCAUUUGACGCCUCCACCCUUGUUCUCUGUACACCCAAUAUGAGCCUCCCUUUAUUUACCCGACAGAGGACACCUCACCGCCCCUGGAAAGGCUGGGCCACUGGAUUAUUUUUCUAGCUCUUCAACAGUAACAGUCCAGCAGCAGUUUGUACAGUUUUUAAUCCCGUGCUUGCAUCCUGAGGACUUUCAGUGCAAGUGACAUCUCAGAAAGGAGAAGGAAUAGGUGCGAAGCUUGUGCCAUCAAGUGCAUAUAACCACAGGUGUUGCAUUGUGUUAUGUACAUUAUACACUAUAUGUCUUCUGCCAUCAUUUCAAGAACAACCUGUGUGUUCAUGGGAUGUCUCUUAAGAGUAAGACCUGUCACAGCAUAACAGCAGCAUUUGCUUUCACAAGCAGUUGCUUAAAAUUAUUGCUCUUUGACUUUAUGUGACCCAUGAGAAUCAGAAUGUGCCUUAAAUAAAAGGCCCUUUAAGGAAUAACUGAUGAGAACAGAUGAGAAGACUGAUAUCAUUCUCGUGUGCGUAAGACCAGAGCUUGAGUCGCAAUGUGGUUAGCCUAGCUUAGCAUUUGAGGAACAGCGGGGGCACAUGGCCUUUCAAAGCAAAAAGAAAAGCUCUGCCAUGGUUUAACCGUUACCACCACAGGUUUGAAAACUGUUAGCUUGUGAGGCUCAGCAGACAUUUGUCAUAGUUUAAACAGAACCAGACUUUAUCCAUCAUGUUUGGUGUUCGCUCUUGCUCAGUCGGGCUGAACUCGUCUGUACCAGCUCUGUGUUUAACACAUUCAAUUGGUAUUAAUGUUCCCAUUUCGCUUUGACAAAGAAAACAAAUACGCCUAUUUUCCAGAGUGUUGAACCAUUUCUCAAAUAGAUACUGUUACCAUGUUAAGGUUAUACAUUACACAGCUGGUGGAUCAACCCCCACAAACUGUUUCCAACUCAUGAGGAUCAUUGAAGUUUCAGUUUAUAUUUUAAAAUGACAAAACUGAUUGUGUGCGUUCACAGUAACAUACAGAAUUAAAGAAUAUGACAUUUUGAUUUCUACUUUUAGUGACAUCCCAUGUGUUGAACUGUCUAUUAAGCUAAAGGGAACUGCACACCAAGGUAAGCCGGUGUUUAUACAGUAUUACCAUUGCCUGAAUGCAGGUUAUGUCAAAGUUUAGACCAUUACUGUCAUUCAAACAUUCAGUAUAUAUUGUCCUAGGAGAUUACAGUAUGUAUCCAUGCAAGCUGGUGUGAUGACAAUGAUUAUAAUCAACCUAUUUUUGAUUCAAUGCACAUAAAGUAAUGAUCAAGCGAACUUCACAAACAUCUUCAAUAAAAGGUAUUGUUCAGAAAAAAA